AUGCAUCUAACAACAAAUAUUUCAUCGAAAAUGAGUCAACAACAGAGACAACGCAUGGCUGAAAAUUAUUUGGUCAUCUGGGUUGAUGGGAAUAUUGACAUGGCCAAUGAAGACUGUCAAAAUACGCUUACACAAUUACGAGGUGCUGUAAAUCAAGUCAAUUUAUGUACAACAAUUGAAGAAUGUAUUCAACAGCUGAAUGAAAAUCCUGACCUGAUGUCAUUUGUUAUCUCUUCGGGUACACUUGGACAGCAUCUAGUACCAAAUAUUCAUGAGAUCCAAAAAUUAAAAUCGAUAUAUAUUUUUUGUCGAAACAAAAAAGAGCAUCAAGUAUGGGCUCACAAUUGGAGAAAAGUCAAGGGCGUCCAUACGAAUAUUAAACACAUUUGUGACAAAAUGAUCACGGCUAUCAAGCGAUGUAAUGAAGACAAUAUAACAGUCGGUAUUGUUGGUGAGAAUGAAGUACGUUCUAGUGAAAAUCUCGAUCAGCUAGACUCGACAUUCAUGUAUUCACAAAUCUUUAAGGAAAUUCUUCUUGAGAUCAAACACGGCGAACAGGCCAUCAAAGACAUGGUUACAUAUUGUCAAGAAGUAUACUGCGGAAAUGAUAAUGAAAUUAAAAUUAUCGAUGAAUUUAAACAUAAUUAUCAAGCAUCAAAAGCCAUUUGGUGGUAUACGCGUCAAUGUUUUACAUAUAAAAUGCUCAAUGGAGCAUUGCGAACACUCAACGGCGAUAUAAUGAUUCGACUAGAUGAUGAUCAACAACUGGCUCAAUUAGCCGAUCGUAUACGGCAAGAGGUCGACGGCAGUGGAUGGUACCGAAUGGAUGCUUCAACACUUGCUGAAAUCUACAAAAAUAUUGGUGGAGUACAGCAUAUUAUGGGUAACUAUUCUGAAGCACUUCAAUAUUUUGAAAAAGCACUUGAAAUAAGAGAAACAGUUCUGCCACUAAGUCAUCCUGAUUUGGCUCAAAUCUAUGCUUGGAUGGGUGCAACAUAUAGCAACACGGGUUACUAUGCCAAGGCACUUGAAUUUCAUAAAAAAGCAUAUAAAAUCUACAGGGAAACUCUGCCUCUAAAUCAUCCCGAUAUGAGUAUUUCCUACAGUAGCAUCGGUGGAGUGUAUAACAGCAUGGGUGACUAUACAAAAGCACUUGAAUUUUACGAAAAAGCAAAUCAAAUCUACGAAAAGGCUCUGCCUCCGAAUCAUCCCGAUUUAGCUGCUUCCUAUAGCACAGUCGGUCAAAUGUUUACCAAAAUGGGUAGUUACUCGAAAGCACUUGCAUUUUAUAAAAAAGCGCACGAAAUCUACGAAAAAGCUCUGUCUUCGAAUCAUCCAGAUUUGGCUAGUUCUUACAACAACAUAGGUGAAGUGAAUCUCAACAUGGGUGAUUAUGGAACAGCGCUUAAUUUGUUUGAAAAAGCACUGGAAAUCAGCAAAAAAGCUCUGUCUCCGAAUCAUCCCUCAUUGGCUACUUUCUACAAUAACAUCGGCCUAGUAUAUAGCAACAUGAAUGAAUACUCAAAAGCAUUUGAAUUUUACGAAAAAUCACAUCAAAUCUACGAAAAAGCUCUGUCUCCGACUCAUCCCUCAGUGGCUACAAGUUACUUGAAUUUCGCAGUAUGUUACGAAAAAAUGGGUGAUUACACAAAAGCUCUAAAGGUUCUUAAAAGUGCUUUUCAAAUUCAGCAAAAAGCGUUUGAAGAAGGCAAUCCAGAAUUUUCUUUUACGUACACUUGGUUAGGAAAAGUGUAUCUCGGUAUGAAAGAUUACUCAAAAGCACUUGAUUACUUUCAAAAAUGCCUCGCAAUAGAUCAACAAACAUUACCUGAAAGACAUCCAUUCUUUGGUAUAUCAUACAGUAAUAUUGGCGAUGCUUAUCGAUUAAUCGGUAAUUAUGAAACAGCACUGACGUUUCAUCAAAAAGCAUUAAAUAUUCAAGAAAAUGUUGAAUGUAAUCCUCUCCAAUGUGCAACAACAUAUAUAAAUUUAGGUGAAACAUAUCUUGAAAUGAAUGAUUAUUCAACGGCAUUGACAUUUUUGAAAAAAGGAUUAGAAAUACGUGAAAAGAAACUACCAAAAGAUCAUCCUGAUUUAGCUGUUGUAUAUCACAAUUUGGCAAAGUUAUAUUCGUCUACUGGACAAUAUAGUAUGGCAAAGAAAAAUGCUCAACAAGCAGUAGAAGUUGCUCAAAAAAUAUUACCUUUAACUCAUCCUCAUCUUUUAGAAUAUAAAAAAACAUUUGAAAAAAUUCAAAAAAAAAUAUAA